AUGGAGGAACCACGGCAGGCUCAACAUGUUCACCCGGAAACACACGCUCAGGUGGCUGAAGACCUUGAGAUAGAAGCCAAUCGGGCGAUGGCAUUCGAGCGACUCCGACCAGCAAUGCGGCAAAGAUUGGGACCGCAGGACCCAAACAGACGCUCGGUUGAUUCGCCCAUGCGAGCGGCAAGCCAGGAGGGGUCGUCCGGGCAUAGUGGGUCUAAAUCACAUCGACGACGCCGCGCCCGGGAACCAGCCCAAACGGCCGUACAAGAUGAGACCCGAGGACUGCUGAACGAACUCCGGGCAGAAUUCACUCGCUGGAAAAAUGAGCAUGUUGUGAGGCCUCCCACCGAUCAUUCAGCCUCUCUGUUGAGGACACCCUUCACGGUGGAGAUUAAGGCUCAGCCUUACCCGCUCGAUUUGCGCAUCCUCGGAAACAAGGAAUAUGACGGGCGGACAGACUCGGAAGUUCAUGUCAACACCUACUAUGGCAAUAUGAUGAUGAUGGGCGUGGCUGACGUCGUGAUGUGCCGAGCCUUCUACUCAACGCUUUCCGGUCGAGCGGCCGAGUGGUUCAGAACCUUGCAACCGGGAUCCAUUUCUGAUUUCGCCACUUUGGCAGCCAAAUUCAUGAGGAAGUUUGUCACUUCCAAAGUCAUUCAGAAGCCCUACAUGUAUCUCGAGAAGGCCAAGCAAUUGGAGGGAGAAAGCUUGACUGAAUUUUUAGUCAAGUGGAAGGCGGCGGUCGGAGAGGUCGAGCCGAUGGACGACCUAACGGCCAUUCAUAUGCUGCACAUUUCUUUACGAGCUGGUUAUCUGUACCAGGACUUUAUACUCCACCCUCCAACCACUUAUGAAGAAGCCCCCUGUAGAGUGACGGAUUAUGCUAACGCUGGUGAGGCAAAUGCCGUCAAAAGGUCGCAAGAGGUCGGGGCAUCAUCCCAGAAGCCUCCCGACCGGGCGGAUCAUCGGCCGGUUGAAGAUCAUCCCCGACCUCGAACCUGGCCGGGAGAGUUUACAGCGUUAAACCGAUCUGCGGCGGAGGCCAUGCAAUACGCCCAGUCUUGCAACCUUAUCCGUUUACCUCAGAUGGGCUGGAUAAGACGAAACAUUGUGCUUACCAUCGAUGUGCGGGGCAUGACACGGAGGAAUGCAUGUAUUUAA